AUGGAGAGCAUGAAUGACAAGACGCCGGGCGCUGGUGGCCAUCGAAACUCGGGCUCGAGUUCAUUUGCGGCCAUCGCUGCUGCGCUCAUCCCGACGUUCAUCACAGCAUGUUUCUUUCUCCUCGCAUUCUUGGUCCUCCGGUCCAAGUACAGAAACAUCUACGCGCCCCGGACAUACUUCCGCACGAUACCACAAAAGGAUCGCACGCCUUCAUCCAGUCAUGAGCUGGUUUCCUGGUAUCAUGAUUUCCGCGUUCUAGACGACAAGUUUGUCCUCCGCCAUUCAUCGCUCGAAGCAUAUCUCUUCUUGCGGUACCUGCGCAUGAUCAUCCUAAUCUGUGGAGUCGGUUGCUUGUUGACGUGGCCGAUUCUUAUUCCAAUCAAUGCCAAUGGGGGAGGCAGCUCCUCUCAACUGGACAGGAUAUCCUUCAGUAACGUUCUGGACAGCAAGCGCCUGUAUGCGCACGCUAUCAUCGGUUGCGUCUUCUUUGGAUUUAUCAUGCUCUUGAUAUCCAGGGAGAGACUAUUUGCAGUAGGACUACGUCAAGCACACCAGAAGAUCCCUCUCAAUGCGACUCGCCUGUCGUCUCGGGUCGUACUGUAUCUUUCUGUCCCACCCGCCGGACUUCGUGACGAAAACCUUCAUCGCUACUUUGGAGACAAUGCAGUCAGGUCCUGGCUCGUGUCCAACCUCAGUCAUCUCGAAAAGGCUGUGAGCAACAGAGACGGCAAGAUCGAUAAUCUUGAAGGCCUGGAGGUGAAGCUCCUGAAAAAUGUGAACAAAGAAGCCAGUGACUCCGAGAAUGGUCACGGAAGCGCCAGGGGCAGCCCUGAGGACUCUGCAUCCGUAAACAUCGAUCGUCACAAACCUAAAUCCCGGUCAAAGUACCUCUUUGGGGACCAAAUUGACAGCAUUGCAAAGGCUCGGGAGGAGGUUGCCAGCAUCAUUUCCGAUGUGGAUAUGGUGCGGCAAGCAGACUCCAGUGAGCCGAGCAGAAGGACCGGGGCUAUAUUUGUCGAAUUCAAAGACCAGGCCAGCGCCCAUGAAGCUUUCCAGCAGGUGCGACAUCCAUCUCCGUUGUCACUCCAGCCGAAAUACGUUGGUGUCCAGCCCAAAGAGGUCAUCUGGCAAAACAUCAACCUCGAACCGUCGCUGCGGAUCACGUACUCGUACAUCGCGGUGGCGCUGGCUGUUGCCACCAUCAUUCUCUGGUCGAUCCCGGUUGGAAUCAUCGGAACGAUCUCCAACAUCAACUAUCUGACGGACAAAUUCCACUUCCUCCAAUUCAUCAACAACCUUCCGGCUCCGAUUCUUGGGCUUCUCACUGGCCUUGUACCGCCAUUGCUCCUCAGCGCGGUGGUGUCCUAUGUACCAUAUUUCUUCCAGUAUGUGGCAAAGCUGUCGGGACAACCUACGACCACAGAGGGCGCGAAAUGGGCCCAGACAUGGUACUUUGCCUUCCAAGUUGUACAAGUGUUUCUGAUCACGACUUUCUCGUCCGGUGCUGCGACGUUGGCCAACCGCAUCGCGAACGAGCCGACCUCUGUGCCCACCCUACUAGCGAAAAAUCUACCGAAAGCGUCAAACUUCUACCUGACGUAUUUCAUCAUUCAAGGACUUGGAACGGCAUCCAACAACGUCCUAAACUAUUCAGACUUACUAUCCUUUCUGUUCUUCUACAAAGUCAUGGCCAAGACACCGAGACAGAAAUUCACCACAUACUCAAAGAUGAAAGGGAUCAGCUGGUUCAUCGUCUACCCCAAAUUCACCAAUCUGGCAGUCAUCGCCAUUGCCUACUCAUGCAUCGCUCCACUCGUGCUGGGGUUCGCGGCGGCUGGCAUUUUCUUCUUCUACCUCAGCUACAGAUACAACCUACUUUACGUGAUUCAAGUCAAGACCGAAACUCGUGGAGAAAGCUAUACAAGGGCCCUGCAACAUCUGAUGACCGGAGUCUAUCUCGCGGAGCUGUGUCUAAUCGGUCUGUUUGGGAUCAAAGCGGCAGCGGGCCCGUCGACCAUCAUGACUGUUUUCCUGGUAGCCACUGCGAUAUACCACAUCACGGUGAACAAAUACCUUUCGCCUCUGGAACACUACAUGCCUGUUGAUGUCUUAUCCGAAGAAGAAGAAGGCGAUGCAGAGCGACCGCUACUAGCCGGAGGCGAUGGAGAAGCGGACGUGACCGAACAAUCUCGCGUUCACAAGCUCGCAAGAGGAAAAGUCCCGACCGUCCUGCUUGAUCCUCUGGCUGCAUUUCUGGAACCACAUGUUUUCGCAUCCCAAGAGGCCCUGCGCCCUUGGUUGCAGGAUCCGGAGGGGGAAUACGAAGAAAUUAAUUCAUACAGCGACGAGCAGAUCCAGAAGGCUUACAUGAACCCAGCCGUGGCUUCGAAAACGCCGGUGGUGUGGUUACCCAAGGAUAGAAAGGGUCUGUCGAAACAUGAAAUCAGCGAAAACGAAAAGGCCGGUCUCUCCAGCACCGAUGACGGGGCGGAAUUGACUCCAGCCAACGAAAUUGUCUGGAAUUGCGAGGAUUUCACAAGCGUGCCCAUCUUCAAGCAAGGAACGAGAUACUAG